GACUCCGUGCCAUCACCACUACAACCAUCAUCACCGCCGCCGCCACCAUCAUCAUCACCAUCAUCGCAGCAGCAGAAAAAAAAAUACAACUCAAUUGCAGCGACUCGUCGGCUAGCACGCAAACGUUGCGCGCGUGUGGGUGCGCAUCUCACGGCGGAAGAGCGAGAGGGAGGGAGGGAGCGAGAGGGGGGAGAAGAUAGAGCGAGAGGGGCGAGCGCGAGGAAUACGCGAGAAUGAUGGCGCAGAUAUCAGGGGCUCCCGCUGCUGGCGCGGUGUGGCGCACAGGACGCCAGUGAAAGCCAAGCCGAGCCAGCGAGCCGAGCCAGCGAGCCAGCGAGAGGAGCCAGCCCAGCCCAGCCCCACGAAUGCCUCUCUGCGCGCUCAGUCCCACGGACGCCGCCGCUGUUGUUGUGAUGUCUGCUGCGUCGCGAGCCCAGUCGGCGGGAUGCGCCGAGGCAGAGGCGGCCGCGUCAGGCCGGCGAAUUCCAUCUGCGGCAGCAGCAGCGGCAGCAGCAGCGGGGGCAGCGCAGCUGAAGCGCGGCGGGGAUUCCUCCCGCAUCGGAGACUGAAUUGAGCAAGCAACGUGCUCGCGUACACACACACAGACACACACACGCACGUAAACACACACACGCGUACACAGACUUACGUAAACACACGGCUACACGCAUACAUCCCACACACGCUCUCAGACAAACACGCGCGCACACACACAAAAACAAGCAAGCAAAGAGCCCGGGGCUCGCAUCUCAACCCACGAACCGAGGACAUCCAAACUACACGAGCUCGACUCCCUCUGCUGCGUACACGCGCGGCUCCCUGCGGGCUGGAAGGGUUAACUCGGGGUGAGAUCGGGGAGGCAGGCCAGCCGGCCGGCCAGGCAAUUGAGGUGGACCUGGUGGCGAGGGUGGACUCUGAAGGUUUGUUGACCAUCUCCGUCUGUAGCCGGCUAGCGAGCGUGCGUGUGGUUCGUGAGUGAACCUCCGUCUCCGUCGCCGCUGCCGAUAUGGGCAAGGAUCAGGAGCUCGUACAAGCCGUGAAGAACGAGGACAUCGCCACCGUCCAGCGCCUUCUGAACCGGUGCAAGGCCGGGCGAGCGAAGCUCCUGGGAACAACCAAGAAACCGAACGUCAACUUCCAAGACACAGACGGGUUCUCCGCGCUGCACCAUGCGGCUCUCAUGGGAAACUCGGAGCUCAUCUCUCUGCUGCUCGAUGCCCAGGCAGCUGUGGACCUGCGUGACAACAAAGGUAUGCGGGCGCUGCACCUGGCGGCGUGGCAGGGCAAGGCGGAGCCGUCGCUGCUGCUGCUGCGUGCCGGAGCCUCCGUCAAUGCGCAGUCCGAGGAGGGGGAGAUCCCCCUGCAUCUGUCAGCCCAGCACGGCCACCACCAAGUGUCAGAGAUGCUGCUGCAGCACCAGUCCAACGCGUGCAUCGUCAACAGCGCCAACAAAACCCCGCUCGACAUGGCCUGCGAGUUCGGCCGCGUCAAGGUGGCCCAGCUGCUGCUGAGCAGCAACAUGUGCAGCGCCCUGCUGGAGGGGAAAUCGUCCGACAUCACGGAGCCCAACAGCACGACUCCCCUUCAUCUGGCCGCCAAGAACGGACACAAGGACAUCAUCAGGCUGCUGCUCAACGCCGGCAUCGACAUCAACCGGCAGACGCGGUCGGGCACGGCGCUGCACGAGGCGUCGCUCUACGGCAAGACAGAGGUGGUGCGCCUGCUCAUCGACGCCGGCGUGAACGUGCACAUUCGGAACACCUACAACCAGACGGCGCUGGACAUCGUGAACCAGUUCACGGGAUCGCAGGCCAGCAAGGAGAUAAAACAGAUGCUGCGUGAGGCCUCUGCGGUUCUGCAGGUGCGGGCGGUGAAGGACUUCAGCAAUGUGUACGACCCCGAGAGCCUCACGGUCAAAGCCGGGGACACCAUCACGGUGGUCGGGCAGCACCUGGACGGGCGCUGGAAGGGGGUGGUGCAGGAAGCUCGGGGCUCCGAUCGAGUCGGGUUCUUCCCUCCGACCAUCGCUGAGGUCAUCAACCGUCGCACAGCGCACGUGAGUCCCAUGAAGUGCCGUCAUCCUCCACAGCCCGUCGCCGUGGGCGCCGGUAACCACGGCAACCCCAAAUCUCCCAGCAUUCCCUGCUGCGUAGCCAACGGCAACACAGCCGUGCGGCCAGGCUCCCCAUCCAUCCAGCGGGUGGCGGAUGGGGGCGGCUCCGCACAGCCGUCCCCCUCCUCCAGUGAGGACAUCUGGGUUCUGCGGAGGCCCCUGUCAGGGGACCGACGCAGCAGCGGCAGCACCGGAAGCGCCGUGAGCGUGCGCAGCUCCGGGAGCGGGCAGAGCAUGGGCAGCGCCAACGGGCCCCCACCACCCCUCGUGGGCCCCACCGAGGGCAGCAAGUGUGCUUGGAUUGCUGAAGGCUGCCUGCUGGGCGUGCCGCAGCCCUCGCCGCUGCUGAGCCCGGCCGUGAACGAGCACGGAGAGCCGUCAUCCGGUGCAGGCAGAGCCCACGGUGCAGGAGGUGUCCCUGUGUGUGAGCAGCCUCAGGGAGACCUCACCAAGAGACCCCAUCACGUCUUGGAAGGAAAGGACGCGGAGGCGAUCUUCCAGUGGCUCAGCGACUUCCAGCUGCAGCAGUACGCGUCCAACUUCAUCAGCGCCGGCUACGACGUGCCCACCAUCAGCCGCAUGACCCCGGAGGACCUCACCGCUAUCGGAGUCACCAAGCCCGGCCAUCGGAAGAAAAUCUCCGUCGAGAUCGGCAAACUGAGCAUCCCAGAGUGGCUGCCAGACUACAAGCCGGCGGAGCUGGGAGAGUGGCUCUCCAUGAUCGGGCUGUCUCAGUAUCAACGACUGCUGGUGGAGAGCGGCUAUGACAGCGUGGAGUUCAUUACGGACAUCACUUGGGAGGACCUGCAGGAGAUCGGCAUCACUAAGCUAGGCCACCAGAAGAAGCUGAUGCUGGCCGUGCGCAAGCUGCUGGAGUUGCAGCGAGCCGAGCGAGCCGCGUCGGGCGACGCCAACUCUCCCGAGCGCCGCCCUCCGCGCAGGGUCCGCCUGGCCUCCACGAGCCAGGACAGCGGCGAGAGCCAGGACGGGCGGUCGGGCCGCGCGGGCGGCGCCCGCAGGGCGAGCAGCCCCCGCGUGGGUCGCUCCGGCACGGAGGGCGCCCUCCCCGAGGAUCCUCCGUCGUCUCCGUCGUCUUCGUCGGCGACGCUCCCCGGCGGAAAGUCGACGGGCAUGCAGGGAAAGCCGCGGAGCUGCGGCGGCGGCGGAGGCGGCGCGUCGCCGUACAAGGCCUUCACGCCGCCGCAGACGCCCACCCGCUCCCGCCCGGCCUCGCCGCUCGUGCGGGCGGCCACGGGCGGCGCGCAGCUCGGCCACCGCUCCCCAGAGCGGCCGCAGACCCCGCCGCCGGCGUCGGGGGCCGCCGCGCCGCGCCUACAGUCGCAGCGCUCGUUGCCGCAGUCGCCCACGCGCAAGGGCUUCGCGUACGUCCCCGCGCAGCACCUGGAGGGCGGCGUGGCGCUCGUGACCACGGGGAGGCUCGCCCAGCCCCAGCCCCAGCUCCAGCCGCAGCCGCCGCCGCCGCCGCCGCUGCUGCCGCCGCCGCCCGGCGCCCAGGCGCUGCCCCUGCUGCGGCUGCCGGCGCAGGGCGCCGAGGAGGAGCUGGGCGGCGCCGAGGGCGGGUGGCGUGCGGGCGUCGCGGAGCCGUCCGAGCAGCUGCUCGGCGAGCAGCAGGCGCACUGCCUGGACCUGGCGACGGCCGCGCUGCACCAGCAGCAGCAGCGGGUGAGCCGCAGCCAGUCGGCGCGGGCGGGACAGUGCGGCGGCGGCGGCGGCGCAGGCGGCGUCGGUAUCGGCGUCGGCGGCCUUGGGGGAGGCACGGUCGACCGCAACGUGAACCGGAGCCAGUCGUUUGCCGUGCGGCCCAAGAAGAAGGGGCCGCCGCCGCCGCCGCCCAAGCGCUACAGCUCGGCCAUCACGAGCACGCAGUUCGGCGACACGUUCGAGCGCGACCGGGCCGCGGAGGCCGUCGCGAUGAUCGCGCCGCGCGGAGAGGCCGACGGCCCGGCGGCAGCGGCGGCCGAUUCGAGCGAGGACAGCGGCAUCGAGACGGCGAGCGCCGGCAGCGUGCGCAGCAUCGCCGCCAAGCUGGAGAUGACGUCGCUGGGUGGGCGCGGCCGGGGGUUGAGGCCGGGGCUCCUGCAGAAGCCGCUCAGGGUGGACAAGCCGUCCCCGGCGGCGGUGGCGGCGUUGGCCGUGCCGCCCGUUGCCAUCGCUCGGCCGCUCGUGGCGCGGGAAGGCGGCUCGGAUGCGGAGCAGCAGCAACGGCACAGGGCCAAGGCGGUCGGCGUGCGCAGGGAGAGGUCGGGCGACCGGCCUCCGCCGUACGAGACGGCGACGCUGCCGCGCGUCAGCCGCCUCUCGUCGCGCUCGAGCGUGGACAGCGAGGACACGCUGAGCCUGAUGCACGCCAUCAAGCCGCUGCCCACCGCCAGCCUGAGCAUCGACGAGCCCAACAACCACGUCGCCGCCGCCGCCGCAGGCGUCGUCGUCGGCACCGCCGCCUUGACCGUCGCGCCAUCAUCUUCCGAAGGUGGUGGCAGCCGAAAGCGCACGCUCAGCGACUCCAGGUCGCACUCGCUCAAGGAAGCAUCACCGAUUAAAGAAGCGUUGCAGCAGCAGCAGCACAAGGACGAGGCUAAGUCGGACACGGAGGAGGAGGAGACGGCGGUGGCGGCAUCGCUGGGCGGCCCCGCGGCACUCGCCGAGCGAUCGCCCGCCUCGUCGCAGAACAGCUCCUCUGAGUGCAUCCCCUUCGCCGAGGAGGGGAACCUCACCAUCAAGCAGCGGCCCAAGCCCAAGCCCAGCGAGGACGACGACGACGAGGACGGGUCCGCCGUGUUCGCCGAGACGGAGCGCGCUCCGCCGCCGCCCGCCGCGGGGGGACAGGCGGAGGAGGAGCUCGCCGCGGGCUCUCCCGACUCGGAGUCGGAGUGCGCCGGCCUGCCGGAGUUCUAUCUCAUCGAGUCGGACACGGUCAAACGCAGGCCCAAGUCCAAGGACCAGAGGGAGCAGCCUCAGCAGCCUCAGCAGCAGCAGCAGCAGCUGCUGCGAGCGAGGAAAUCUUCCGGCGGGGGAGGCGAGGUCGUGGAGCGAGCGCUGGCGGACUGCGCCGUCGAUCGCUCGGCGAUGAGCGGCGGGAAGCCGGCGCGGCAGCGGCCGUACACGAUCGCCGAGGCCGGCGCCGGGGCGGAGGCCGCGACGACGACGACGCCGCCGUCGCACAUGAGCGGCGCGCGCACCGACUCGGCGCUGGCGAGCCACGCGGCGCCGGCCGCCGGGUCGCCCGGGGCCCGCGCCGCCGACCUGCUGGGCGGAGCCGUGGCGGAGCCCGGGAGGCACGGCGCGGACGCCGGGGGAGGGCGGCCGCCCAAGCCGCCGCUGUCGCCGAAACCGGCGCUGGCGUCGCACGCGCUCAAGAGGCUGGGGCCGCCGGCGCCGCCCAAGAAGACGUCGCUCCUCGCCAGCCCAGAGUUUCGGAGAAAAGGUGUUCCACCUCCAGUGGCCCCCAAACCUCCGCUAGCCUUGAGAGCAGGAGUGACUGGCUGGUCUGCCGGCACCCACCAAUCAGUACCAGCGGGACAGCAGCAGCAGCAACCACAGCAACCACAGCAGCAGCAGAAACAACAACAGCAGCAGCAACAGCCGUCAUCCACGAGUGGCGACACCGGCGCCUCUCCGUCGCCCAACAAACCCACACCGCGCCCGUCCAGCAGCCCCCCCUCGGCGGCGUCCAGCCCAGCCAGAGCGGGACAGAUGGUCCCGUCCGUGGUGGCUCCGGGCAACCCGCCCGGAGCCGCCGAGACGCCGUCGUCGCAGGCGCCGGCAAAACCGGCAAGGGAAGGGGAAGCGGUGCCCGACGCCGAGGUCGCGAGAGCCGCAGAAGUCGGCGCCGAGCCGGGGAAGAGCGGCGCGCGGGCGACGGCGGACGACGGGGAGAGGGCGAGAAUGGGGAGCGCUGGCGAUGGAGCUGCUGCUGCCGCUGCCGCCGCCGUCACUGCCACCGCACCGUCGGAAAACUCACGAGACGCCACCGCCAUCGCCACCAAGUUGGCCCCCGGCGACUUGGCGCAGCAGCCAUCGGCCAGGGACGGCACAGGUGAAGCCAACCAUUCUGGCAAGACUCCGACCAGACUCGAGCUGUCUCGGGACGCCCCCUCCCUGGAGGAGCGCAUUGAACAGCUGCAGAGACCAGAUGACGCCUCGGGGGAGCAAAAAUCUACGGGCAGCAUUCUGGACGACAUCGGGACCAUGUUUGACGAUCUUGCCGACGAGCUGGACGCCAUGCUGGAGUAACGGAGCCGGCUGGGUGCCUCUCUGUGCCACGUAGCCAAUGGCCCCGCGAAGGAAGUUCCACCACCACCACAUUCCACCUGCCCCUCACCACCGCCACACCCCACCGCACCCCGUUCGGUCCCAUCUCCCCCUCCCUCCAACCCUGACCUCACCCCUGACCUCACCACUGACCUCACCUCUGAUCUCACCCCUGACCUCACUCCUGCACCACAGUUGUCCCCAAAUCUGCCCCCCGGAGAGGUAGUGCGCUUUCGCUGCGAGCGUGAAUGAAUUUGCUCCUCUCGCCCCCUUUCAUUUUAUCCAGUUCUUCCUUUCGGGCUCGCUGCGUCGUUUUGCUGGACGUUCUCUCUGAAGCCCCUUGUCUCCGCUCGUUCUCCGGUCGACACUCGCCAUUCACGUCCCGACACCGUGAAGCCCGUCGAGGCAGAGGGCCUCUCGUGAAACGAGGUGCAACGAAAGAGGGAAGAGACACGGACGUGCCUGAAGUUUGGGGGGGGGAGCGGGGGGGGGGGCUUUUUGUGCGCCCUCACGAAUCGAACGUGCGCCGUCUAAAUUCGGGUCUUGUAUUGCAGCGUGCGCCUCGUUCCUACUGGCACCAAACCUGUCCCACGACCCCUGCCGAGGCCUCCCGCAGAGCAGCGUCGUGGAGGAAUUGACGAGAACAGGCUUUUUCACUGGCACGUCACUUCCUUGUCUCACUCCUAACGCCACUGUCUAGGCCAUCAUCGCUCCUAGGAGCUGCAUGCCGUGAUGCCACCUCUGAGUUGGGGACGAGGUCUUCCACGCCUGGCCUUGCUCUUCUCAACCGAGCUGCUUGCUACUGCCUCGUGGCAGAACGGAAUCUUUCCUCAUUCUCCUCAUCUCCCCGCACGGCUUGACUUUGGAACUUUUGUCCUUCUGUCUUUCCGACCCCAAUUAAGCCCAUCAGCCCUCGGCCCCUGCAGUCUCGCUAGAGUUCUCACCGUUGCUGGCCGCAUCGCAUUGAAAGCUUCAGGGACUCGACUUAUCAACUGCAUUUUGGAAGCACAGGAGAACUUCAAUAGCACUGGGGACUUUGGCUCAAUAGUAGCCGGUUGGUGAAGAUGGGAGGGCUCCACAGAGUUACGUUGAGGAGCUUCGGACCUUCUUAAAUGGCUCGUGGGAGUUGAGCCUGACGAACGGACAAGCGUGGGGGGCAGUGCGGGGAGUUUGUGUGAGUGACACUGGGUGACACUGGGGAGUGGGGGCGAGAGAAGGAAGCAGGUGGAGGGGCCUUGGAGGCGGAUUAUCACACCGAGAGGAUCGAAGUAUUUUGUGGAAGUCUUCGGCAAGUGCAGCGCAAGAGAAAGAAAAAACACAAACGCAAACCCAACGGAGCCGAUGGCCAUUAUUGGGUUCUUCACGCCAAGUCUUCAAAAGCAUUCGCACGUGACUAUGAACGACCACCCCCCAAGCUUCAGCGAUGAUGUGCCCCAAACUAAACCGCCACAGGCUUAGUACGGCAAGCUCAUUGGAAACGUACCAUGGGGUGGUGGGUGGUGGUGAGAGGUUUGAAGCUGCGGCAUCAGAAAACUCACCUCGUUUGACGCCGCAGCAACAACAUCGUCAACGAAUUGUGAGGGGGGAGGGACAUUAAGAGAACCAUGGAACAGAAGCUGAGGAUUCAAACUGACUUGUAAAUGAAAAUAUCAUCGCAGCGACAGCAGAAAAUAAAAUAAAAAUAGAAGGUGGGAAGACAAAUUGAAUAAUUCCCAGGCACCGCCCUGUGUUGUAUCUUUUGCUCUGCCGUGUGGAGGUGAUGUCUGUGUUGUUCUCGACGGGGUUUUCCGCUUUGGUCCGAGUGCCACCGUGCGCUGCUACUGCUGCUGCUGCUGCCGCGUGUUUAGGGUUUAGCGUUCGUGUCGCCUGUUUGAGCGCAGAGCUCCACGGACAAUCAGCCAAUCAACGUUUGCACUUAAGUGGCUUCUUACGUUUUUAUAUUAUGUUUGCCAUCAUUUGCGAUUUGAUAUUCGGUGUUGCAUUCUAUUAUUAUUAUUUGUUGAUAUUUUAUGAGCAGACGACUGUAAGACAGAAUGAAAUACAGUCUUUAACUUUUUUGUUUGUUUCGGAUGUAAUUGUGCCUUUAAUUUCCAUCAUUUUCAUUUGUAUAAUAUGACUUUAACGGGUUUUUUUUUCUCCAGCCGUACAAUGACUGAAGUGGUUUUCUCGUCAAGUGUUCAUAAAAGCUGUCGGUGAUGCCCCACAUUUUUUGCGGGGAUAAUCUUGUGUAAGCAGCACGACCUAAUUAAGUCACUGUUUUGACUGAAGCACACAUUGCACACUCGGGUUGAUGGACCACAACUGCCAGCCGCAAAUGCUUACACAUCUUGUGAGCAAAUAACGGAGACAGCACAAAGUGACAGAUAGACCCAACGCAUUCGAGGCGUCGGUGGCAACUUGGCUGCCGUUACACAGUUACAUUAAUCCCGGGUGGAUCCGGUGGGAGAGGAUCAGGUGCGAGAGGAUCAGGUGGGAGAGUGACGGCUUUAAUCCAGAUGGUUGGACACUCACAGACCACAACCGCUUGAGGUCGGCUGCCGACUGUGCAUCCUCUGGGGGGGCCCUGGCAGGAGGACGGAAGCUAGGGCGAGGUGUGACAUUUGUCACGAUGAUUCCGACUUGAAUUCAAUUUGUUCUGUCGUGAAGUGACCUGAAGUGACCGGAUCAGAGCGAGACCUUUGUUAGUGGCAACUAACAAAAGGCCCAGCCCAUUUCUUGUAGGCAUGUGACAAGUAAUCGGUUCACCCUCGCAUGAAUUAUCAAACGUAAAACCCCCCUUAACAAAAAGUUAAGUUUGGUUUAUUGUGAGUUUGGGAGUCAAAUAAAAGCCCCCAAAUGUGUUGAAGAAAUGUCAUGUACUUUCAUAGAAUUCAUAUUAAAGCAUAGCAGUCCACUAGAGUGGACAUUAUGCAUCAGAGGGUUAAUAUGAGUGAUUACACUCACAAUACAUGCUUGUAGGAAACAAUAAUUACACAGCCCUUGGUCUAUCCACUGCUGGACGAAGGCAUCUCCACACCAGCCGCAUCGCCCACGGGAGUUGUUGGACCAUACUUCACCACGCUGGUCAGUGCAGGUUGGUGAAGUGGGUGGGGCCCAGGACCGGUGCAGUUUCCUCUCGCCACUGACGUCAGCCGUUGACAGGAAUCACACUCAGAGCGCCAGGUCCAUAGCCCAGUGAGCUAACAACUGCACCACCACUCCACGCCCAAUUUUUUUUUAUCCAAUCACAUGGAAAUUCAAUUCAAGUGAUACAUUUAGGCUGAUGGGACACCUUGACACAGUGCAAAAAGAGCGUACAAGAAAAGUGAUUCUGUAGAUUAAUCUAAAAAUGAGGUAUAAAUUAUUCUGGAAUCAAAUCCUGACAUUUCAUAAAAUGGUGAGGUUAGGACGAUUGUUCCAUACAUAUUGUAACCUCGGAAAUAACCCUCUGAUAGCAUUUGAUGCCGUGCAAACUCCAUGAAGGGGCGAAGGCACGUCACCGUUUCGUUUUCCUCCACCCAGCGUUGAGGUGAUAAGCCUGGCCGAUGAACCGACGCGGGAGAGGAACGAGGAUCUGCCACUGGCUUCGGCCAAAUACUUUCGACUGAACCCAUUCGCCAAUCGCCACCGCAGGUCCAAGACUGGCGAGGAGUUGACGUUGGGACUGAACGUUAACAAUUGUAGUUAUGCAGAGGAGGCAACGGUGGUGGGUGAUGAGUUCCACAGUUUAUCAGAAAUGGCUGUGAAUGACGAGCCAAGGUCGUUUGUGUAGCAGAACAUGAUUUUGGUUCUGUAUAUACUGUACGUUGAACUUAUUUCGUACCGCACGUAGCACAACCGUGCUAAUGGGAGGUGCUGGGGAAGGACAACGAACUAAACACAACAAAAAAAAACAAAUCUGUUAGGAACACGUGCUUUAGGACUGCAUUCGUGUAAGUUUAAAUUACCCUCGUUCCGUACUACUUGUCUUCUGAUGAAUUGGGCAUUUGUUCACAAUGCAAUCUCUAUUAGUAAUUACAGCCUCGUUCUGGUUUACAUCCAUUAAAGUCAUUGGCAGUUG